AUGUGUUCAAAUGAUUGUGUCACUGUUGAAGAGUCUCCUGUGCAAACUAAAAAUCGCAAUAAAUCUUUAUCGUCUUAUAGAAAUGAAAAAUCAAAAUCGGUUUCUUCAAUUAGUUCUUUGUCAACAGACGAAGAACCAUUAACAAUGAACUUGUAUUAUUCUGCGGAUGAGAAUAUGGUCUUUGAAAAGAAAAAAAGUACCAAUGAGAGUUUAAAAUUACAUACUCCGCAGCAAGUAGAAAAAACUAUCAAGGAACUUAUUGUUGAAAAUCCAACUUCUGCUUGUAAUGUAAACACAGCAACGCCUAUAUUGUCAAUAAUUUCCAAUGAAAACGAUGCAGUAUCAUCAAAAUCUUCUAUUGUAGAAAGAGUGAAUAGUUACGUUAACGAGAAUGAAAGUUCAUCUUCGAGUGCAGAAGAAAUAAUUAGUGAUCAUACUAAAGAUUCUACAACAAAGCACAUGAGUGGUAAAUACGAUAGACGUGUUAAAGCAGGACGUCUUACUAAUUCUUCUCGUUUCCGCUCGUCUAAACGUCAACAGAUGGUGCCAGACGAAUUCCUUAAUUCAGAUGCCUCUCGUAUAUCACAUAGUUCACAGUACUCAGGAAAAUAUAGCAUACCACAUCGAAGUUCCAGCCGAUGUCCUAACGUUCCCUCAAAUACUAAUCAAAUGUAUUAUUAUAAAGACUCCUGUCAUUCACAUAAAAAUGCCGCAGACAAGAAUAACUGCUAUGAUAUAGCUCGUGUUGGUGUCGCUAUGUAUAUUCCUACUGAGCCUAUUCUCAAAUCCCCUCCUCCUAAUUACUCAAGUAAUGGUCUUCAAAAAAUCAACAAAUGUCAUUUAAAUUCAAAUAUAUCAUCUACUGCAGUUUUUGUUAGCAAAAAUAAUGAUACAAAAACUGAAAACAAGCGGAUGGACAGUCCAGGACGUCUGGAAUUGAAUAAAAUUGAUCAUAUUAUCAAGUGGGAGGAAUUAUACCCUGAAGAGUUGAAUAAAAUUCAUCAACUUAGACGUAUAAUUGAUAAAGAAUUGAAUAUUCGGUUGCCUGUUAAUCCAAAACACUUAGCCAUUGAAUUAAGUACUGGUGUUAUUCUAAUCCACUUCGUAAAUAAAUUUAUUGGAGCAGCAUCAAAAAUUAAAGUAUGUUCACCUAGAAAUGAUCAGACGAAUAUGCUGAGUGAAGUGAUGAAAUCCUACCGGCGGAAUAUUAGACGCUGUCGUGAAUGGCUUCAUCUCUAUGGUGUGCCUAGAGAAUAUUUAUUUUCAACCGAAUCAAUUGUGAAUCCAAACAGUGCUAAUGGCUUAUUAUCUUUAGCUAAUUGUAUUUUCAUCACAUACAACUUACGUGAGUCCAAGUUUUCAAAUCAUUUAUCAACACAGAAUAACACUCCUGUAAGUUGUCAAUACAACAACACAGAUUCUUUGCAAUCAAAUUCAAAAGUACAAUCAACAUCCUCAACAAAUAAUGAUACAAAGAUGAAUAAUCAUAAAGUUUACGAAAUCAGUAACUGGCCGCAUCAUUUAUGCUCAGAUGUGUAA